AGAAAAUAAAUUAAAAAAAAAAUUUUGUUCAACCCACCCCAAUGUUUAUUAUUACUAUUAAUGUUAAUACUAUUAUUAUUAUCAUCAUCAUCGUAAUCAUCAUCAUCAUCAUUAUUAUUUUUAUUAUGAUUGAAAUUGUGUACCACAUUACACUAUACAAGCAUAGGCAAAUAUGAAAUAUGUAAUCACGUAUAUUAGGUACGAUGUGUUUCCAGUAUAUUAUACGAAUGGUAAAUUCCAAAUCCUCAGUGUACGUAUAUCAAUAUGUAACGAAAUUGUCAAUAUAUCAAUAAUGAAUAUCGAUAUAUGUUAAUUGAUGGAUAUUUUGAAAAAUUUUUAUUCUGCGAAACCAGUUUUACUUUGGCAUUUCAUUUUGAAACUACAGGUAAUUGUUAUUACAGCUCUUCAUUUGAUUUGUCGGGGAGAAGAAAAAUUGAAUUCCUUAUCAGUCGACAUUCAGUUAUCGGUUGGUGAACUGUCAUAUACCUAUACUUAUAGCAGUUAAAGUUAGCUGAGAUUUAUAUAAUAAAUAGAUAGGUUUACAGAAAUGCGAAGGUCUAGUUCGACGAUGAAAAAUCCAGCUCCGAGAGAACUCCGGUUAAUUGAACUUGUUAAACAAAAUCCUGUAUUAUACGACACAGAACAUCCUUUCACUGGGGAUACACCGCAUAAAAAUAUGCUCUGGAAAAGUAUCGCCGAGGAACUUAAUACUCCGGCGAAUGUAUUGAAAAAACAAUGGAACAAGUUGAGCUCCGGUUACAUGAAAAAACGCAGGGAUAUCGUGGAAGGAAAAAACGUAAAGACAGAUCUCGUAUACGACCAAGCGUUAUCCUUCUUGGCGAAGAAAUCAGGGAUCCUGAAACGCGCUAAAAGCUGCGGAGAGAUACCUGCGGUCGUUGAACGAGAGGAUCAUGAUUCAAUCGGAGGAUCAUCUUCCCAUUUAUCCGUCGUAUCUGAAGAUUCGAAAUGCUCAAAAACCAGGGCGGAAACCCACCACGAAAUCGGUGGCGCCGUUCCUUUAGGAUCAACGCCCCAAAAUGCUCCGGAAAUUUUUCCUGCCACCUCAACUUCUCGGGUUCUUCGCCCCAGAAGAUCGGAACCCCUGCGUAUCGUCUCUGCAAAUAAUACGAAAAGAGUCGGGACUCCAAAACAGGCAUCCCCGAUUGUAGCGGUUCCAGUUCCAGUUCCAGCUUCUGCAAGACGAAAGAGGACCAAGGGAUCCUACUGCGGUCAUUCCCAGGACGACGCUACCUUAGCUUUUUUCGAAAGCAUGGCUCUCACCGUAGCCAUGUUUCCUCAGCAUCUUCAAGCCUCGAUUAAAAUGCGAAUUUGUAACGUCGUGACCGAGACGGAAUUCGAGUUAUGCUCACCAAAAAUGCGUUAGAAGAAAUUUGAAAAUUUCUUCUCUUUUUUCAUGUUUUUUUUUCUUUCACUUCCCGAUCGUUUACGUUAGCCGUAUUAUCAUACGUUAUACCGAAUGUUUGAGGUGUCUUACAGUUAGUUAUUGAUCAAUGGUAAUGUUCAAUUUAUCAGUUAUAAUUAAUGCAUUGGUUUCAUCGAAAACAUGAUGUGGCAAAAAUUAAAAGAAUCUUGCGUUGAAUCAUUAGUCGAUUAACUUGUUCGUUUUGUUUAUCUUUUAUAUUUAUCUUUUUUCGGAAAAACAACUCGCGGAAAAAUACGAUAGUGCAACUGUUUGUAACGUCUUAUGUUACACGGCGACAUUCUACGUCAGAAAGUCUUAAUUAAGACAACAGGAUUACCUGCUACGAAACUAUAAGAGCCUUAAAUUAAACAAACUCUGACGCCUCUAUUCGUAACGCCUUUUCUUUAUCAUUAAUCAUGGAUUUAAAGUCGGGGUAUUUCUAAAGAAGUUGAACGGUAGGUUCCGUGGAAUUGUUCUUUCAAGGUAUAAAAAAACAAAUUCGUAGUUCAGGGUCACUCAUUAUCAACCGUCGUCUGAUUCCCUUUCCCGCUUACAUUCGUAUAGGUAUGCGUGUGAGGAAAAAUAAAAAAAAUUACCCUCCUCGCUCAUCGAACCAUUCGAUAUUUCGUGCAAAUUGAAAAGAUAUGUGCAGAGUAAGUACGUGUGUCCGUUUAUCCCCCUCGUUGAAUGGAUUAGGAAUCACUAAAAGUUCCCGGCGUCAUGAACAAAAGCUCUUAUAAGGGCGCCCGUCCGUCGAUAUUCCCGCAGAACGUUUCGGCCUCGCUAUAAAUUAGGUCCUCUCGAUUUGAAAUUCAUAAAUUAUAAAAAAAAAAAUCUCUUAUUUUUAAGGAAAACAAUAUAUACGUAUUUGAAGAAAGAGGAAUUGCAGAAAAUAAUU